AUGGGAUUUUAUGGUUGUAAAAUAAAUAAAAAAAUUAAAUUCGGAUGUAAAAUUAAAUCAUGUUCGAUACUGUGGAAAAUUGGAAUCUAUUCAAUCAUCAAUAAUAAUAAUAAUUAUACAACAACAGUAACAUUAGCAUUCAGUUUAAAAAAUAGUAAUAGUAACUAUAAUUUAAAUAGUAGUAUUAGUGAAUAUAGCAAUCUAAAUAAUAAUAGUACCAGUUUAGCCCGAAGCGCAAGUUGUAGUUGUAAUAGUAAUGAUAGUAAAAGUAACAACAAUACAACAACAGCAGCACCGGAUCCUACAACAGUCAGUUUACAAAAUAGUUAUAGUAAAUAUAAUUUAAAUAGUAUUGGUGAAUAUAGCAAUCUAAAUAAUAAUAGUAUCAGUUUAGCCCGAAGCGCAAGUUGUAGUAGUAAUGAUAGCAAUGAAAGUAGCAGAAAUUUAAUUAAAGAGGAAUUAAAAUCACCACCAAAUUAUAUACUACUACAUUUAAAAACAUUAAAUAUCGGUAAUAUUCAAGAGACAUUAGAUAAGUUUCAUUCAAACAUAGCGGACCACCCAAAGAUUACCUAUGAAGCAAAAAAGAAAUAUCUCGAGUAUUCAAAUAUUGAAGAUAUAGAAAAACUAUUUAGAGCAAUCAGUACAUAUUCUGCAGUAAUAUGUCGUUACAGAGAAAAUUUUAAAAAUAAUUCUACCAAAUCUAAUUUUUCAUCAAAUGUUUCACCAGUUUACAAUUAUACGUCAACCUAA